AACCCUUCCCUCCAGGUUUUAGUCCAUCCCCUCCCUCUGCUCCUGCUCCAACUCACUCGACUCCAACUCACACAAAACCAGCUGCUAGCUGGUAGCAUCAGAAUCAAGUUCUACGGUUUAGUAGCCCUCGGAAACUCAUACUCAGCGUGCAAGUCAUCUUCAAAGAAUCCUUUAUUCAAUCCUCUCCGCUCUGCAGACUUGCAAAAAUGGUGACUAUGGCGAAACUGCAGGUCGUCCUAGCGGCCCCAAGCGCAGUUCUCUCUCUUAUAAUCGGCACAGCACUGCUGACCACCAUGUUAGUACCGGUGCCACCUGGACGAGCCGCUAUGCCGCUUCAGACAGCCAUGCGGUUUACUGGGAGUCAUCUGACCAACCUGAGGGUAAUCGUAACCCUAAUGGGUGUACUACUCGCGAGCUGCACCAAUUUGUCCGGGUGCCUCCGAGCCACCAGAUUCACAGACGGAGCAGCAGCUCUGACAAUGAUGGUGCUGACGUGUGUGGUAACCAGCAAGAGGUUUCGACUCCGCGUCGAGAAUGCAAAGUCUCUGAAGGCCUUCUAUUAAAAGGUGGGGUGGCACGUACAAGGCUGGGUGCUGCCACUGAAGGCUGCAAUGUGCUGUCGCAAAAAUCAGGGACCCAGUUUCGGUAGCGAUUUCUUCGUCACGCGAACAGUAGGCGAGAUCGCCUGCACAAAUCGUAGAUUUCAACUUAUCGAAUUGUAUACACUGUAAUUCAAAUAUGUUUGUCUAUACUUGAAAAUUAAUAUUUG